AUGCAGAAAGUUAUAAUAACGUUGUUAUUUGGAAUCGUUUACAACUGCCAUGGUAAGUGAAUAACAGCAUACAACUGGCUUAAAUAUUGCAAAAGGCAAUUUUAAUUUUAUUCGUUAAUCAAUAAUUAAAAUCAGAGUGUAAAAGUGAAGGUGUUGUUGUAGAUGUUACUGAUGUUGUUGUAGUUGUUGCUAUGUAUGUAUGAAUUUAUAUACGCAACCUCAAUAUUUAAUGACUGUUCAAAACUUGUGUAUACUGCAAUCUUUAUUAAAAAUACACCUAUAUGUUUGCAAGGCCAUUCUCUCUAACUAUCUGGACCAUUCUCUCUAAGGUUGGGGCGCAUUUAACGAAACUUUUAAGAGACCAGACCUUCGUCACUUUUAAUUGAGAAUUUUGUUUGUAGAUCACUGACCAUACUUCUAUACAAACAUCUAGAUGCAUCGCGCCUUUCGUACUGUAACAAAAGCUAACAAAAAACGUAGAGAUAUUCUGAGGAGACGAUAAAUAAGUCUUGUAACCGGGUGUUUACACCACAAACCUUCAUUUUGUCAAAUGACAAACAGCUAACACUUUCAAGUUGUAUUACGCGCAGCAAUUAUAUAUAUUGCCUCGUGACUUAAGCAGAACUAAGCCGAAGUGGUAUGAAUCCCAAGUAAUGUAAUCCAAGGUGAUCGUUACGACUAAAAACUCAACUUCUACUACUCUUGAACCGCUCACGGUUUGGCGAAAUUCCUCUGACUUCAUGCUCAAAUGAAAAGAUUCAAACAUUGCCAAGAGAGAAGAACUUUGCAUAUCAAACGAACGUCCGGGUAAUUUAAUUUUGUUUUAAAUUUAUCGGUAUACUCUUAUUUACUGCCCAGUUCCUAAAUAUUGGUAAUAUUGGAGCAACGUCUUUUAUUCGCUACUUUAGAAACUGAAACGAGAAGGACAAAAAGGGGACUGCGGACCAAAAAUGUGUCCCGCAACUGUUUCUUUCUCAGAGGACAACGUUGCGUCCAGUCAUCGCAAAGGCCAUGGUUCGAUUCUCGGUCAAGACUGAAUUUUUUUCAGGUUCUUUUCCAACCGCUUACGUUGUUCAUUCUACCGCGAAUAUCAUUUUCACUUUCCCUUUUUAUCCGCAGUUCAAAACAUGAUAAUUUAAAAACAUUCUAUCUGCCAUUUAAUUUAUAAUCGAGGCAAUCCCUGGAAUAAUAACACUGGGAUAACAUUCUUAUGGUUACAGGAUCGCCACUAUAUCUAGCAGUAGGCUACUAUCCUCUGACGUCAUCUACCGCAGCCAAUGAUUCCAGCUUAUCUGAAAAUCCACCUGGACAACUUGCUAACACACAUCCCUCCACUGGGGUUUAUGGUGAAAAUGGCGGUUCAUAUUCAUUCUCCGGGACUCGAUCAUCACCGAGUUAUAUCCGCUUACCUUCAUCCGAUGCACUAGAUACCAGGUGAUUUCAUUAUCUGAGGGUCCACUGCGACCUCAACACUAAACAUAACAUUUAUUAUAUUUGAUUUAUAAAUACAUAUUUUUCUCACAUUCAUAACUUCACCAACGUAGCGAGGAAAUGAGCAUCACAACCCCAUAUCGACCUUACAUCAGCCCCAUAUUAAACCUACAACAAAAAAGAGAGGGAGGAGAAGGGGGAAACAACAUAAAUAUGGUGUCGGGGAAUGUAAACAACUAAUUUGUGAAGGAGCAGAGUGGGUACAGUAGUGGGGCAAGUAAAAAGUUGCGAUUUUUGCUAGGAAAUAGCUACAAAUUAGUUGGCUAGUUAGUUUAAGUUAAUGAGAUUCCUCGGCAAAAAAGGAUUAUUCGAUGUUGCAUGAAUUUUUAAAUGUAGUGUAAGUCUAUUUCUGGGUUCAUCUAUCUGGUUUCCAUGGAUUUUUCAAUAUAAAUUUUGCAUCGUGGGAAACUAAUUGCCGACUUGUUUAUCACUUAUAAACGCCUCCACUGGACGCGUGCUUAUUAACUUGGAACUGUGAAUUUUUAACAUUUCUGUAGGUAUUCGAUUACUCUUCUCGCCUGGGUGUAUUCGGAGGGGACAGGAGGUGAAAUAGUUUCUUACUGGCAGGAUUCCAACUAUGGCGUAAGCAUCUCGAUUGAAAACUCUCGCCCAGUCUUUCACCUGUAUUCACGUGACCAAUCCAACAAGUUCUCUUUGCCGAGUAAUAUGAAACUGCAGUCCAGUCAGUGGAGCCAUAUCGCAGGCUCAUUUGACAACAGAACAGGAAAUGCAAUACUUUAUGUUAAUGGCAUUCAAGUGGGAAACAAAACUGGCCUUGGAAGUUUAGAGCUUCAAACGGAGUACGAUUUAUGGUUGGGUUAUCUUUUCAAGGGAAAACUUUCACAAAUUUGGAUAUUUAACGUGUCGCUCGAUAAACAGGAAAUCAAACAAGUCAUGGAUUUUAUGAAAUCAACACUGAGUGAGUAAUAGAAGUAUUAAACUAGCAAGUAAUUUUAUGAAAACAUUUCCCCCAAUUUUUUUGGUAUAAGAAAUAUAUGUCCGUCUCAGCUUAGAAGCAAGACAGUUUUUACUUUUGAUCGAUCUCGCCUGCACUAACUUACCUUUAGGUUUUAUUAGUUCUGUUUAAGUUAAAGGCGUAGUGGCCAAAUGGUUAACACGACGGACUUUAGAUCGAUUUAAGCCGGUUUCAAUCCUUACAUUGGAUUAUUUUCUUAGGAAAAAGAAAAUGCUCUACUUUAGUUGCGUUCCUUUUGACCAAUCUAAAUCCGGAUUUUGCGAUCCGAAAUUCGAUUUUUCUUGUCAUUAAGGACUAAUUCAGAUUGCAAUCUGAACGAUCCACCUUCGCACUUGGAUCGUUCAGAUUGGUAUCUCAAUCUGGUUUCAGAUUUUUUUUCUAUUCAACGAAACUGCUUUUCGAUCGCAGAGAACGUGCUCGUUCAUCAAUAAAUUAACACAGCGGGUCAAGGUUACUUCAGGCAAAAGUUAUUUAUACUCCUCCUCUGUUCUAUGCCGCUAAAGGAUUGUAGUAUAUUAAACUUACGUUCCACUUUAACUCUAAAUCCGCAAGGAAGCGAAAACGCUUGGAUUUUCUCACUGUAAAACGAUAGUGUGCAAUGUGUGUGUGUGUUUAGAGCGCGCUUCUCAGCACUGAGAGAUCGUAAUGAUCUUCUGAAUUUUCUUGAAUCAAAUUCCAGAUAAUUUUAUGUUGACGAGUCCCUGUAUGAACUACCACUAAUUAAAGAGUUACUUUUCUUUCCAUUUCUCCACGAGAAGACACUUAUUCAUAAUUUAGCGGAAAGAAGGAAAAAAAAAAACGUUGUGCUGAAAUUGAGAAGAUGAUCGGAGCAGCAGGCCGCCACUGUGUGGAUCAAUCUUAUUUAAGAUUUUUGUUUCGGCUACCACGAAAAUCCAAACAAUCUGGAUUUGUCUAAAUCCGAAAAAAGGUUUGGCUAAAGGGAACGCAACCUUUAUCUCUCUCUCUCCACCCACCUGUCGAAAUCGGUAUCACAGACUAAGUGUUUGAGAACUUUGCUGGGGAUAUCACUGCAGUGAGAGCUUGUGAGCAAACUCUCCAUUUUCUGGCGAGGCGCUAGAACAACAACAACAACAACAACAUAAGCUUUAUUUGCAUGACUAUAAUUAUGUAGUUACAGUAUUGCAAAAGCUUUAACAUAAAGUUACAAUUUACAACAAUGAUAAUGCAAUGCAAUGAUUACUACAGUUAAUCAAGUGUCAUCAGCAUGAUUUGAUAACAAAUUAGUGCGUGAAUCAUUACAUGAUGAGACAAAUUUCAACAAAUGUGAAUUUACGGAAAAAUUCUGUGUAUUCAUCAAUUUGAUUAUUAAUUCUGUGUAAGAUAGCUGAUUUAAGUCGACAAAAUUUUGUUGGAUUUGAUUGUAGAAUUUCUCCCUUGGGAUUGAGUGUUUUGGACAAUGGAAGAGAGAAUGAAAUUCUUCUUCAAAUUCUAGAGAAGGUGCAAGCGAGCGGUGAGCCCCUCGCCUCGUGUCUCCUUUCGUGUGCCGCUCAUGCAGCAGUCUCAGGACCCACCCAAUUGUAUUCAAAUGUCUCUGGCUGAAUGGGGUUCAUUUUCCUAAAGAGCGCUCUUACCUUUAAUUUCCAAAUUAUUUUUAAUUUGUUGAUGACAUUAUUUCUAGGUCCCACGAGCUCUUCCUCGCCGGCAUAUGAAACCUUCGCAUCUUCAUUUGCUUACAUUACUGCUGAAAUCGCAAUGAAAAGUCUUUUCACCCACUCAGCUCAGUUGGCAAGUGAAAAGUAUGUUUUUGUGUCGCCCACUAUCAGUCACACAGAGACAAUCAGGAUCACUUCGACAACACCACUCAGUAAACCGGUAACAGUGAUGACUCAAAACGUAUCAACUCCAGUUGUGAAAAUUCAAAACAUAUCGUCAACUCCAGUCUUGACAAAUCAAAACGUAUCAACCACGGUCGUGACGAAUUCUCAAAAUAUCAACUCAUCAAGGGUCCUGAAUUCCCAACAGGCUACUGCAAGCAGUGUCUCUCCAGGUAAGAGCGUAGAACAGGUUUAGAUUUCGAGUUAAAAGGUAUUGGGUGGGUUGAUUUGCAAGCGGCAUUUUUUGGUUGGACAAACCUAGUAUACUAAUUAAAGCAAUAGUUAAGAUCUGCAUAUAUCGUCUCAAAGAAGAAGCCCUGAUGUCGUGUUGGAAUAGUGUUCUACCGUUAAGCAAUCUCUCUCAACAUUGCAUUUAAAUCAUUAUGGUUUUCAAACAUUUUGCACAUCCCAAAUUCUGCGUUACAAAACAAUGUUUGAUCGUUUAAGCCACCUCAUGAAGUGCAUGACAAAUACAAGUUGGACGAAAAUGUUUGAUCGUUUAGCCGGGGCCUAACAACGAUCAUUUCACCGACCAAAUUUCGAACCUCGCCACCACCAUGUUUUGCAACCAGGUUGAGAAGAGCCCUCUCGACCUAGUCUCUCCCGAACCAAACAUCGCUUAAGCUGAUGACGCAUCUCAACACUUUUCAUUUAUGUCACCCCAAUUGCCGAACCGCUACUGGAAAAACGUUUGGGUAGGAGUAUCUCUCUAAACAAUUACUAGCAAUAUGAGGUACUUUUAAAAGCUGGUAGCUAGCCAACUACUAGCUGCUACUACUUUAAGCAAAACUUCGCGGAAUAUUAGCCGUCUGUGUAUCACAUCACUAGGAAAUUGUUUGCUCGGUAGGCCGGACGUGACAUUAUCUUUUUUUCUCUUUCAGUUGUGGACAAUUUUAGGAUAGUUGAACCAUAUCCUGAGAAUAUUUCUGCUUUAGAGUUUACAUCUGCCCAGGUUACUUGCAUAGCUUUCGAUUCGACAGGAUUAAAAACGCCCAAGAGAAUUCAGUUUAUGAGGAAAGACAAAUUUGGCAGAUACACAAACGUUACUACCAAUAACAAUACGUAUUUUACAAGCGAGUCGGUAGAGGUUGAGCAA